GGUCAUGAGCGUGCAAGGAUGUUAGAAAUUGAGGAUAUGAGAAUGGAGGUUGUCAAGAGGACGAGUGGGUGUAAUAAUGCAGGGCUGCGAGGACGUAACGAUGCGAGGACGCAAGGACGGGAUGAUGGACCAUAUGGAAAGACAAAGGACGUCUCUGGGCCGGAACUCAACACUGCCGCGAGGAGACACAGCAUAGCAGAAGCCCUGCGGGGUCUGACCCUGGUGGAGUUGGUGAAGAAGGAAGGCAGCACGCUGGGCCUGACCAUCUCAGGAGGAACCGACAAGGACGGCAAGCCGCGGGUUUCAAACCUGCGGCCCGGUGGGCUGGCCGCUCGGAGCGACCGGCUGAACGUGGGCGACUUCAUCAAGUCGGUGAACGGCAUCAACUUGACCAAACUGCGGCACGACGAAAUCAUCAGCCUGCUCAAGAACGUCGGCGAACGGGUCCUGCUGGAGGUCGAGUACGAGCUGCCGCCCACAGCACCAGACAGCACGUCAGGAGUGAUCUCCAAGACAAUCGACAUCUGUUUGCACAAAGAAGGGAGCAGCUUUGGCUUCGUGGUGAGAGGCGGCAUCCACGAGGACUGGCACAAGUCGCGCCCCCUGGUGGUCACCUACGUGCGGCCCGGAGGGCCCGCAGACAGGGAGGGCACGCUGCGUCCGGGCGAUCGCCUCCUGACGGUGGACGGCGUGCCGCUGCACAACGCCAGCCACGGCGAUGCCCUCAGCGUAUUGGCACAGUGCGGACAGGAAGCCCUGUUCCACAUCGAGUACGACGUCACUAUCAUGGACACAUUGACCAAUGCGUCAGGUCCUCUCCUGGUGGAGAUAGCCAAACCUCCAGGGGCCACGCUGGGCAUCACGCUGACGUCAGCCAGUCAUCGCAACAAGCGGGUCAUCGUCAUCGAGCGGGUCAAGCCCGGAAGCGUGGUGGACAGAUACGGAGCGUUGCACGCCGGGGACCACCUGCUGUCCAUCGACGGCACGUCCACGGAGCACUGCGGCGUCCUGGAGGCCGCGCAGCUGCUGGCCAGCACCACCGAGCUGGUCAGGCUGGAGAUGAUCCCUGCGCACCAGACCAGGAUGACUGGGAGCAAACGUCACGACACUGUGAAGGUCCAGAAGUCGGACCACCCUCACCCUCACUCGUGGGACCCGUGCGUCAACUUCUGCCCGCCGCUGGCAAACUCCACCCACUGCAACGCCGCCUCCACCCUGCACAAGUCAUGGACCGCCUCCAACAACGUCGUGAACAACAAUAACCUUGACUACUGCAAGUGUGAGCGCGCACGCACGCACGCACGCAUCUGUCUUAUAUAUGUGGUGAUUACGGCCCCAUACUGUACGUCCUCAGCUUUGGUGUCGGCCGGUUUCUCUCCGGGCUCCACGACGGCGUCGGGCCCCGGCAGCCAAGGUUCCACCACGCUCCCCAGGCCCGCGGUCCCCAUGAGCCCCCGGAACUCUCUGCUCAAACGCAGACACCGAAAGAAAGACCACAAAAGCUCCCUUUCGCUUGCGUCCAGUUCAGUGGGUCCGGGCGGUCAGGUGGUCCACGUGGAGACCGGCGAGGUCAUCCUGAUGGGCGACCCCCUCAACGGCUUUGGCGUCCAGCUGCAAGGAGGAAUCUUUGCCACGGAAACGCUUUCCGCGCCGCCGCUCGUACGAUUCAUCGAGCCCGACAGCUCGGCCGAGAGGUGUGGCCUCCUGCAGGUGGGCGACCGGCUGCUGUCCAUCAACGGCAUCGCCACGGAGGACGGCACCCUGGAGGAGGCCAACCAGCUGCUCCGCGACGCCGCGCUCGCCAACAAAGUGCUCCUGGAGAUCGAGUUCGACGUGGCAGAGUCCGUGGUGCCCAGUAGCGGAACUUUUCACGUCAAACUACCCAAGAAGAGAGGCGUGGAGCUAGGACUCACUAUUAGCGCCAAUAAGAAGGCAGGAGAGCCUCUCAUCAUUUCCGACAUCAAGAAGGGCAGCAUGGCCCACAGGACGGGAACUCUGGAGCCGGGUGACAAACUUCUGUCCAUCGACAACGUGCGUCUGGAUUCUUGCUCGCGGGAGGAGGCCGAGCAAAUCCUGCAGCAAUGCGAGGAGCUGGUCAAGCUCAAGAUCCGCAAGGACGAGGACAACUCGGACGAGCAGGAGACGUCUGGCAGCAUCAUCUACACGGUGGAGUUGAAGCGCUACGGCGGCCCGCUGGGCAUCACCAUCUCGGGCACGGAGGAACCCUUCGACCCCAUCACCAUCUCCGGACUUACCAAGAGAGGCCUGGCCGAGAGGACGGGCGCGAUCCACGUGGGCGACCGCAUCCUGGCCAUCAACAGCGUCAGCCUGAAGGGCAAACCCCUGAGCGAGGCCAUUCACCUCCUGCAGAUGGCCGGGGAGACCGUCACGCUCAAGAUCAAGAAGAUGCUCGACGACGAGAGGAAAGCCAGCGAGGCGGACGACGCCACGGAGAACGAGCUGAGCGACGGCGAGGAGGACGACUCGACCGACUUGACGGACAGCCGGCAGACCGACAAACUGUCGGAACUUUACGCCACCGCCGUCCCCAGCGUGGACUCGGCCGUGGACUCGUGGGACGGAUCCGGCCUGGACGCCGGGUACUGCAGCCAGGGCACGUACAGCCACCAGGCCUCCACUGGCAUCGCCCUCCACCCUCACGAGUGGCGUAGCGCCAAGCUGCAGCAGCAGCAGCAGCAGCAGCAGCAGCAGCGCACGGUUACGCCCCCUCCCGGCUGCCGGAAGAACUACCCCUUCAGCGACGGCGGCUUCAGCGAGGACGAGUGGGAAAAAUCGGCGGGUUUCCUGGGCCAACCCUCGGACGGAAUUCUGCUGGACUCGGACGACAGUUUCUGGUGUCAGGCCCUGGAGGACCUGGAGACCUGCGGCCAAUCGGAACUGCUCAGAGAAAUCGAGGCGUCGAUCAUGACCGGCACGGCCAUCGCCUUGGACGUAGAAGGCGUCAGCAAGCCUGCCACGGAUCCCGGCCUGAGCUUGCGGCGUAACGCCCUCCUCCGCCAGGGGGCGCACCUGCACGAGGAGCUGCAGCUGCACGACGACCGAGACGCCCGCCUGCAGGUCCACUUCCACGCCGACGAGCUGCUCCACUCGGGCUCGCACUUGUUCCAGGACAGCCUGUCCCCGCCCGCCCACCACGAGUCCAAGUCCAAGGCCUCGUUGAGGGUGUCGGAAAGGACGUGGGAGUCCCGCCGCAUCAAGGAGGAGAUGCAAGGGCUCCUGUCGCCGACGCCUCUGGAGCUGCACAAAGUAACGGUGAUAAAAGAUCCCGAAAGUGACGACUUCGGUUUCAGCGUGUCCGACGGCUUCCUGGAAAAGGGCGUUUACGUCAACAUGGUCCGACCCGACGGCCCGGCCGACCGAUCGGGCCUGCGACCCUACGACAGGAUCCUUCAGGUGAACCACGUCAGGACCCGGGACUUCGACUGCUGCCUGGCGGUGCCGCUCAUCACGGAGGCGGGCGACCGGUUGGAACUGGUCAUCAGCCGCAACCCGCUUGACGGCGCCGAGGACGACGACAACACUCUGGACCGCCCUCCCCUGGACCUGUAGACCGGAUGCGGCAGACAGUCAGCGUGACGCCUUUCCAGCUGACUGACACCGUGUCGCGCCUCGUGGUUCUUUACCUUUGCCACGAAACCCAACGGAGCGCAAACCUGCGGAGGUCGUCCGCGCGGCCCGCGGAGUCUUUGCAGACGUCCGCUUUGCUGCUCAACUUGCACAAACAACGCAAAUCCACCGGAGGGCCCGGAAGAACUUUUUUCCAUACAGCGCAGCACAAGUAGAGCGCGUCGUCCCCAGGGCGCCGCGCCACGAUGUCAUCGCAGUUUUCACAAUUAGUUUUUUUUUUUUUGACUGCCUUCGAAACGCUGCAUGGAAAAAGGUAUUGCGGCAAAAAAUGUGUCUAAAUGCCCACAAUUUCCCCUCUGAUCACAUCUGAUACGUGUCCCAAUAUUUUUGCCAAAGUAUAUUUUGACUUCCUGUUUUGUCCAAAUUCCCAAUUAUUUUCCAACUUCCUGUCGCUGUCCCAAUCCUUUCGUCCAACUUCCCAUUUUUCCUCCUCCCUUUCGGUGUGCCAAUAUUUUUGUCUUAACCUCCAUCUCUCCUUCUGUCCCAAAACUUUUGUCCACCUGUGGGUGUCCCAAUACUUUUUGGGCCCCAAAAUUCACGGGUUGCGGUUACCAUGGCAACAAUUGAAUUUCUUCUUCUUCCCCUUCUCUGAGUAAGUGCUUCCUGCCUUUCCUGGCUUUGCUUGUCUGUGUGGAAACUUCCAGGAUUAUGCGGUCACCCUCAAUUGCCCCCCCCCACAUUUUUCACCCCCACCCACUCACUCAUAUUAUUUUUAGUCCCCCCGCAUUCCAUCCUGUCCCGCAGCUUUAAAUCAGCGUCACCUGCUGCUGUUUUCUUCCGGAACAUCACCCUCUCGGAGCCAAUUAUUUGUGGAUUAGCGGCGCUAAGAGGGGCCCACACGCCCGUCACAUGAACUCGCCCACCCGAUAACACCCCCCCCCCCACGGCAGUCCUUCUUAAACACCCCCUCAACAACCGUGAACGCCUCACAAAGUCAAUGUUCCAGUUGACUUUGCGAGGCGUUCACUCGUUCUGUGUUUCACACGCCGUCUUAAUGUCUCUCGCCCAUUCGUCACGCUCACCUUGAGGAUAAAUAGGCGCACCCCCGCCCACCCGCCCGCCGUCCACCACACACAAUUUCAGAUAAUAAUGAUCUACGUGAGUCUUUCCCAAAGUUUGGAAGGCCAACUUUUUGAAAGCAGCGUACCCAUUGCUAACAUCGCCACAUAAUGGACACGCCUCCUCGCACACACCCGCAGUUUAGUUCAGCAAAUAAUGAUCAGCCUCACACCCCCAGUGUGUGCGUGUGUGUGCUUGUGUGCACUACAACACUGUUGGUUUACAUGUAAACAAUGACAAACUCUUCACAAAGCACGUGUGUGUGUGUGUGUGUGUGUUUAAAAAAAAAAAAAGCACAAUAUAAUGGAGUGUAAAUAUUGUCAUGACUUUUUAUAUGAAGACAUUUUGUAAGCAACAACAACAAGUUACUCAGAAAAGCCUUCCAAAGUCUCGUGUUGGUUUUCAUGUAUUUAUAAUGUGUGUGUGCGUGCGCGCGUGCGUGUUCCCUACGCAUCUCAACGUUAAAGUUCAGUUUGAAGCCCAAUCUGGAAGUGAAAUGUAUAAGAAACCAGACCAAAAGACCAAAAGCAUGAUGACUGGAAACGUUUUGCGUCUGACUCGCCUGUCUUUACUUUGUUUUUAAAUGAAAUGCAAAUGUCUUCCCCAAAUAAUACAACAAAGUCUUAUUUCAUACAUAGUGUUUUUAUGUAAAAAAAAAAUACCUCAUUGACCGCGAUUAAGAGCACACUCUUUUUUUAAUCGCUCUGGUGCCUUGAGAUACAAGUGGAAUUCAUCACCAUGCUUGUAACACAAAACAUUUGUAUCGUGUUUCCCCCCGUCGGAAUGAAUGGAGAUGGCAUUCAUCUGUUGCAGGCUCCCGGAAAAACCCAACAACAAAAAUAGCACUCCAGAAUAUUAUACUUUGUAAAAACAUACUGUAAUGACAUCAAGGCAAAAUUCUUUUUGUGUGAUGUUUAGCUUGACCGUAAACCUCAAGCGAGGGUGGCAGUAAACAGCCUGAAGACUUUUAGGGCCGAAUGGUUCACUCCGUGCCAAAUUCUCAUCGUCAAGUGAGUCGAGUCACCUUCCCACCAAAGACUCGUACGUCGGGUCACUCGCAUCUCAAGGCGCCGCUGAGAAUUCAAAGGAAUUUCAUGCAGAGGACAAGCAGUAGGAUAUGAGAUGAUGCGGCAAAAGGAAUUUUCUUGCCGAGAUUCCAGUCACCGGCAAAGCCGCCUGCCGCGCACGUCCAAAUAUGGUCAAGUUCCUAUUUUGCACAAAUCUGUUCUUUUUUAUGCGCUAUGAACCAAUUGAAAAUGUCAUCUUGAUUACCAACCUCUUGAACACUCAACCGACAAAGAAGUGUCAUAAAACUCUGCGGGAGCCGUGCGGCGUUUUGUCGCCUCAAGACUUCAAAUCCUGAAAAUGAUGCAAUAUUUUUUAUCGUUGGGGAUUAAAUUGCUUCUAUCCCUUCAAGAAAAGACAAAUAUUCUGAAUGACUUGUUCUAUUUUUUUGGGGGUAUUUGUUAUUUAUCUGAAUUUGUGUACAUUUGAUGACUUGUUGGUCUUGUUUACGCGUCAACGUUGUUUCUGUUUGGAUGAGACUUAAGUGUCAAAAUCAGCCCGUCUUUUUCCUAAUUCCAGAUUGGGCUUUAAAAACUUGUCAUUUUGUGUAUGUCAAACUCAGUGUAAUAUAAUAUUUUUCUACGACAAAUUUACUCUUCCCAAACGUGGGAAGCUAACGGAAAAAAAACAAAAAAACGAGAGUUGUCAUGUGCAAAAUAAAACAUCAAACUUU